AUAGACCUUUUCCCACAGCGUCUGGAAAUACGAGCUCCGGACUUAAAAUAUAUAUAUAUAUAUUGUUUGAAAACCUCGCAAGCUCGUAAUAAUAUGGCGGAUCGGUCCAACAAUGACAGAGGAAACAAUAGCAACAACAAUAAUGACCCAGAAUAUCGUAACUUUAACAAUCGCAAUCGCUUCUUCCGGAUUCGAAAUCGUGAAGUGCCAACCGAACCGCCCUACAUUGCAUUUGUAGGGAAUUUGCCCAAGGGUCUAGUUCAGGGCGAUGUUAUGAAAAUAUUCAAUGACUUCGAUGUGAAGAACGUACGCCUAAUCAAGGAUCGGGAGACGGACGAGUUCAAGGGUUAUGGCUAUGUGGAAUUCGAGACUCUUGAUCAACUGAAGCGCGCUCUAUCCCGCAAUGGACGCAUUAAGCUCGACAAUUUGUCGGCGCCACUGCGCAUCGACAUUGCGGAUAAUCGCCGGCAGAACGGUGCUGGCGGUGGUGCUGGCGGUGGUGGCAACAAUGGCGGUGGUGCAACAUCCAGUGGCGGUGGCAACAACGACAAUCAGCGUCGCAACUAUCGACGCGACAAUAGUGUUGGAGCACAGAGCUACCAUGGCCAAUACUCGCGUAAACAAAAUAGUCCCGGAGGUCAUUCCAGCUCCAAUUUCCAGAUGGACCGACAACAGGGAAGUCCUCGACAUGGUGGCAACUAUCACAACAACAACAACAGCAAUCGUGGCGGCGGUCGUGGCGGUGGCAUGAGACGCUCCACAGGGCGGGGACAGCUGAACCACGAUGGCUUCCAGGGCAACGACGGCAGCAACAGCAGCGAGUUUGGCUCCAUUGGCGGGAGUCAGGAUACCUCCAGCUUGGGAAGUCCUCGUCAGACUGUGGAGCCGCACAUAUCCUCAACCAGCUUCCAAAGUAGUCGCAGUUAUCCGCACUACAACAACAAUUACAACAAUCGUUACAACAAUCGCAAUAAUGGCAACAACUUUGGACGCGGCGGUUCGCAGCGUCAACGCAGCAUCAGCAGCGACAGCGCCCGUUAUGCCAACUUUGGCCAGAAUCGCACCCGGGAUCGUCGUGGUCACUACAAUCCCAAUGAGCGUAAUGCGCCUCAAACUGGUGGCAACAGUCCACCGAUUUCCUGCUUGGAUGACGAUGAUCGUCCCAAGAUUAUUCUCAAUCCUCGUACUGUAACCGAACCCAUCAAUGCCCUGGCCAAGACCAAACAGGCUGCCAUUAUUUUUGGCAAUGCCAAACCACGCGAUGAAGCUACAGCUCAGACUGAAGUCAAUGAGGAGGCUCUAGAUCCUCGUCCUGGCGGUAGCCGGCCAACAGCGGACCCAGAGCCGCCAAUAUAAAAAGUUUUAAAUCAUAACACUAGUUUCUAGCUUAAAAUGCGAAAAUUACUUAAUCACCUUUUAUUGUGAACAACUACAAGUGCUACUGGAAACUACACCAUUUUACAGAAAUGAUACCAAUCCUCUUAAUCUGAUAUACUCUAUCCCUACACACCCUACACUCAAUAGAGCAUAUCUAAAUUGGCGGUUCGUUGAAUAAACUUAUAUUUAUAUUAGCAUUAA